CUCACCACCCGAUGCCGUUUUGCACAGAAGCGGCGGCGGUGGCGACGCUGGAAAGCGCCUUGCCAGCCGGCGACAUGGCCAAGCUGCCUUCGCCCAGCCCGGCGGAGCCCCAGCAGCAACAGCGGCUCUUCCUCCUGCCCAGGCAGCAGUCGUUGGCCUCCCCCUUGGUGCUCAAUCCCUUCGUGCAGGAGACGCGUCUGGACGCCAAGGAAAAAACCUGGGCAUUCUUCUUGGGCCUUAUUCUCCUUCCUCUACGCAUUGUGUUCAUCCUGCUCCUGGUGGUCCUGGCAUGGCCUUUUGUACUUCUGGCGACAUCCCGUGCCACGGAAAAAGGCUCGGUGCCACUUCGAGGAUGGAAAAGGAGGCUAUCCAACAUCGGCCUUAUCAUCUUUGGCCAAGCCUUGUUCUUUGCGAUGGGCUUCCACGUCAAAGUCAAAGGGAAAGUCGCUAGUCCUCAACAAGCACCAAUCUUGGCAGUAGCUCCGCACUCGAGCUUUUUCGACAGCAUCGUUUGUGCCGUGGCAGGCCUGCCCUCGGUGGUCUCCAAGGAAGAGAAUGUCUGGGUGCCCAUUUUUGGCCGGUUCCUUGACGCCCUCCAGCCGGUGCUGGUCUCACGGAAUGACCCAGAUUCUCGGAAGCAUACUAUCCACGAAAUAACGAAACGGGCAACCUCAGAAGAACAAUGGCCUCAGGUAAUGAUUUUCCCAGAAGGGACAUGCACAAACCGAUCGUGUUUGAUCACUUUUAAACAAGGAGCGUUUAUUCCUGGGGUUCCUGUUCAGCCUGUGCUUAUUCGCUACCCCAACAAACUGGAUACUGUGACAUGGACCUGGCAAGGAUACAGCUUCAAGCAGGCCUUAGUGCUGACUUUGUGCCAGGUCUUUACGAAGGUUGAAGUGGAGUUUCUUCCUGUUCAUGUCCCAUCUGAGGCAGAAAAGAAAAACCCCGUCCUUUUCGCUAACAAAGUCCGUAACAAGAUGGCAAGGUCAGUAUUUGUGGGGGGAUAUUUCUUUAUUUGCAGUGGAGAUGUUCUCAAAUGGGACAGCAUCCGCGAGCAGCUGGAUCAAUUUGCAGGGAUCGCCAGCACGUCCAAAGGCGGUCGGAUCGGGAUCGAAGAGUUUGCUAACUAUUUGAAGCUGCCGGUCUCCGAUGUCUUGCAAGAGCUGUUUACUCUCUUUGACAGAAACGGCGAUGGGACCAUAGACUUCCGAGAAUACGUGAUCGGUUUAUCAGUCCUGUGUAAUCCUGCCAACACGGAGCAGACAAUCCAGAUGGCAUUUCAGCUUUUCGACAUUGAUGAAGAUGGCACCAUAACAGAAGAUGAAUUCGCCCUAAUUAUCCGUUCGUCACUUGGGCUUCCCGACCUCGAUGUUUCGAACCUCUUCAAGGAGAUUGAUGCUGAUCACUCUAACAAGCUCUCCUAUGAAGAGUUCAAGGAUUUUGCUGAGAAGCAUCCUGAAUAUGCCAAGCUGUUUACAACAUAUCUUGAGCUGCAACGCUGCCAGCUGUUGACAGAAGCGGAAUUUACUUCUGGGGAAGUCACCCCUCUCACCCUUUCUUCUGAAACAACUCCGGUGCCAAGGAACAAAGUCUGCCCCCUACCGACUGAAGACGAGCAUUCAAAUAUUUCAGAUAAAAAAGAAGACUGAACUUCAAAAGCCUAAUAUAUACAUUUAUUUAAGCCGCAGAAGGAUCCCUUUUUAUUAAAUCCAAAUCUUGGUGAGAAUACACACACACACACACACACACAUAUAUAUAUAUAUAUUUAAGCCAGACCGAGUAAAGCAAAAUUUUGCUUUCGGAAUGUAUGCAUUCAUACACUGUAUGUCGAGAAGUAUUUUUCAAUAAAUAAAUUUGGGGAAA